AUGUCGCGCCUCUACCUGCGGCUGCCCAGCCUGCCGUCGUUCCACCAUGCCAUCACCACCUUCCUGGGCUUCAUGGACCUCAAGAUUGGCGCGCAGAUCCUCACGCUGUUUGCCCUCUUCAACAAGAUCGCCGGCGUCUACGGCAUCAUCGCCGUCUUCCAGGGCGGCACGCUGACCCAGGUCGGCCUCUACGUCUACUCGAUCGCCACGAUUGUCGUCUUUCUGUGGGGGCUCAAGGGCAUCUCGGACGAGAACCCGCAGCAGGUGCUCACCUAUGCCCACCUCUUCACCCUCGACCACCUCAUCUCGAGCUUCUGGACGCUCCUCUUCGCCUUCAACUGGUACCUCUUCACCGCCCACGAUGGAACGCCGACCACGCAGCAGUCGGACCACCAGACCGGGCUGAUGGACCUCAUCGAGAGCAUCGAGAGCCAGUACACGACGCCCGAGGAGAUUGCCAAGCUCCACCACGACAAGCUCACCGGCGACGCGCGCAAGGCCAGCGCAGAGGCCAUCUGGGCAGAGGAGCGCGGCUUCGCAUCCGCCGUGCUGGCGUUCGGCUGGCUGGUAAAGAUCUACUUUGCCCUCGUCCUCUACUCGUACGCGCUGCACCUGCGUCACGGCACCUACCGGAACCUGCCGCUGUCCAAGGCGUCGUCGGGCGCGUCUCGUGGCGGCGCCGGAUCCGGGAGAUCCGAGUACCGCUACCACCCGGUGCUCGAGGAGGAGGAGCUCGAGAGCUGGAGCGACGACGGCGAAGAGGGCGGAGCAGCGGCGGACCGGGCCUCGGCGGGAGCCGCCGCCGGCGCUGCGUCGUCUGCCUCGCCGUCGAACGCCGGCCAUCCACCAGCCUCGGGCGUCAAGGCCGUCGUCGACCGUCUGGCGAGUUGA